CUGACAGCGCGCGUAAUCAAAUCUCAACGAACGAGCCGGAGUAGCUAGCCACAACCAGUCGGCUGCUUUCUACUUUAUUGGUUACAACGGAAAUAUUGCCAUGAUCAAGCUGCUCGGACAGCCAGUGAAGUUCAGAGGCAUGCAUUUGUGGUUGACUUCAAUUAUUUGCAAUUCAAUGAUCUCCUCAGGAAUGCCAACGGCUGAAUGGACUUGGAGGAAAAACGCGUUCAAUAGGCCAAAGAUGGAAUAAAAGCGGAGUGUGUGUUCUGUCACCUUGUUGCCUUCAUUUUGUAUAACACCAUGUGCAUUUUUUGGUUAGCCUAUGUAUCGGUGCUUUUGCCGUGGUUACCCCACAUCUUUCCCCUUAGGAGCAGCGUGGCGUCCACGGUGGAUCCGGUUACGAAAGCUUUAGAAUAUGUCGAAGAGAUCGCCAGGCAGAAGGACAACUGUUCGUUCGGACCAUCGCUCGAUCUCCAGUACAACAAGCAGCGUUGGAUCCCGCAAGCCGAGGUUGCCAUCCACACUGCCAAUCUCUUGACGACCCUCUCCAGGACGGGUCCCCACAUCCGUGGUAUCCAUCCUGAAGACGAAGAUCUCCUCUACUCCAUUGUCCUUGCCAACGUCCAGAACUAUGACGACGUCUUUGGGUCGGCCAUCGCCUUCAAGACGAGUUUCUACCGCGACUAUCGCCGAUUCUGCCCGUACGCGUUCCGCGCCCCCGAUUCAAUCACUGCCAAGGACCUCUCAAUCGGAUACAACUACACAAUGGAGGAAACCGACUGGUUCCACAUUCCCUACAUGACCUACAGAAAUUACACCUUUGGUUUGAUGUCGACAGUGGGCUCUUCAUCGAUUAUUCAACCUACUAAUCCUAUUUUCUCGGCUGCGCCAGACAUUCCAUGCACAAGCUGCAACGUUAGCCGGUCUCCUGACAUGUUUGGUACCGACGUUGAUUCCACUCCAAGUCCUGGAGGUACUUUUACAGAGGAUAUCAUUCCCAACACUCUUACACCAAACCCUUACUCUCCCUUCAAUUCAACAGAUGUGUUCCCCUCGGGCAGCUCCGCGGUCACACAGAUACCCCAUGACGCCACCGAUUCACCGGAAACUGUCGCCACCGAUGCUACAAAAACUGGCACUUAUGCUCCUCAAGUCAACACUGCAAAUGCUGACAGUCUACCCGAAGUGAGUGAGGAUCCACCACCAGCGACACCCUCGCAGGUUCCCAUCCUGGACACCAUGAAGUUUGUUGAUAUCACCGACGGCUACUGGACCAAGCCUUACUUCGAUUGCGGUGGUGGGGACGUUUGGAUGGUGACUUUCUCAGUGCCUUUCUUCUGGUCCGACAUGAAUCCUUCUGUCUAUAACCCUUCAGGGAUAGACUUGUUUACCUUCGCAGGUGUGACGACCAUUGACAUUUCGCUGGACCAACUCGACAUAUACCAGUGUCCUUCAAAUGAUAGAGAGAACAGCGAGGACGGCGAAAUAUUCGAUCCCUUUGUAGACACGCAUAGAUGCAAGAAUACGACACAGUGCCUUCAUAUAUCCGGGCAGGGUUUCCAGCGCGGGGCAUACCUUUGCGAGUGUAAACCUGGCUAUUAUUUCCCUCCUGACGCGGUUUCUCAUACAGACGACAUCCAGUCUCCCGCUUUUUUAGGCAGAACAAUUGAGGAGGAGUACAAUAAGAAGGCCUAUGGAUUGGAGAAUGAAUACGACAGUGCCUUUGAUUGCCUGCCCUGUCAGCCAGGAUGUGACGAGUGUGACGAUGACAGUCCAUGCGUGGUCGAACCCAUUGCCAUCAUGCGGUGGUGCUUCGUCGCCGUCAACAUACUCUGUCUCGUUCUCCUCGUCGUGUUGGGGAUAUACACGUAUCGCCAUCGAGAGAUUCGGGUUUUUAAAGCAGCCAGUCCUGGUCUUCUGUACGUAAUUCUACUCGGAUCGGGGUUAUGCUACUGUGAGACUAUCAUAUCUAUUGCCGUUCCAUUAGGGAUAGUCUCGUGUCAAGGCCUACUUUGGUUUAGAUACCUUGGUUUCUGUCUUGCCUAUGGUGCUCUCCUGUUCAAAACAUGGAGGAUCACCAAAGUCUUCACAGUUCGAAGCGCCAAACCUGUGCGCAUAACGGACAACAAUCUCUUCUUGCGCAUCGGUAUCCUGCUGGCCAUUUUCGUAGUCUUUCUCUCAGCCUGGACUUUUCUUAGCCCUUCUGAGGUCGAGCAGAACUACAACCGAGCUGGUCUCAAGUACUUCGAAUGCUCACAAAAUGCAUGGAAUUAUGUAGGCCAAGCAGGAGAACUACUCCUUCUAGCUUGGGGGAUGUACCUGUGUUUCAAAGUCAGGAAAGCGCCCUCGUCGUUUAACGAAUCAAGAUACAUCAGCGUUUCCAUCUACAACGAAGCCCUCAUCAGUAUUUUUGGAGGAAUUGUUUCGUUUGUGAUCCCCGCUGAGUUAUCAGGCCCUGAUACUCUUCUCAUUGUCAAUUUCUGUCGUCUUCAUGCAACAUUUACCGUAAUGGUGGCUCUCCUCUUCGUAUCAAAGAUUGUUCUCUUCUACAAGACCAAUACGGACAAGAAGAAGACGGGGGAUAGGAGGAGUCAAAUUGUUUUUACCAUCGAUAACUCUAGUGUGACCAUCGACUUUUCUCGCGAAAAUCCGGAUGUUUCGGAAGAAUUGAGUCGACUGAGGAAUGAGCUGGUUGACAUCAAAGAAAUCGCCAAGCUUGUGCCGGUCGACCCGUCCAUCAUCAACCGCUACAAGCUUGCCAUCACCAGUUUUAGCACCAAAAGGGAUUCAAGCGGUACGGCAUCACCCUCGUCUGUGUAUCACUCUCGGAGUGACAUCAUUGCGCAUGAGCAUGUACCGGAAGCCACCAGCGGGACGAGCACGCCACCGUUCUUGAAGAAAGGUCAGAAGACGGGGGCCAAUGGUAUAGCCAAAAUGUUUCUGAAGUCUUUGGGUAGCACGUCCUCAACGGGGACGUUUAGUGUGUCGGUCGGGAGUCUUAAAGUAGAUUCAAAGGGUGGGAUUGAUGCUGGGACCGCCCAAACGUUUGUUCUUAGAAAUGAAGGAGGGGUGAUCAUUGACGACAACGACGGCGAUAAUGACGAGGCAGGGAUUGGUGAAGUGAGACAUUGUCCAAAAAGUUUGAACAAAGAAAGCACACUCGAAGAAGUCGGGGGACAUUGGUCUGGAGUUAGCGGUUGCGUCGACGAGCCUUUCAACGACACGGUUCUAGCAACUGUUCAUGAAAUGGACAACAAAACUAUCUCGUUUGCAUCAGGGACACCGAGUGACCAUGCGGAGCUUAAAAGAACACCUCAAGGAGAUGAUAUAGAGCAGGAAAGCAUGUCGCCUCUCGAAAUAUUUGCCUCAGUGCUUGUCGAAAGGAUACUCAAAGACAGCAUCAACCUUGCCGAAAACUACUCAAACGAAAAUUCAAUCUCUUCAAAGCAAACUUUUUAAUAAGCAUUCAGUUGGAGCUGGUGCCUGGUGCCAAAGUCGAAACAUCGAGAUAGUUUAUGAAUGUGAUGAUAUCGAUGAUGAAAGUGGGCAACAGAAUUAUAAAAGAACAACCGUCAUUUGAAUUUCAUGAAUACCUGCGAAUUAGUCGUCCCAAGAAAGUUUAAUUACCUCAAACGCCAGUCAUUCCAAGGAAUGUUUUUUUACACAUGUAAUUUUCUAUGCGCUUUAUAUACGACACUGCUCUCACAUGGAGCAUAAUAGACCGCGCAAUGACGCAUCGUGCCUAACGAACAUAAGGGGCCGUUUCACACGAGGCGUUAUUUCCACUGCGUCAUUCACCGACAUUCAUGCGCAUAAACUCACAUGUCCAGGCACCAAUCUUUAGGCUCAACCCUUUGAAAGAGGGUUUGAUGGCCUAGCGCAAGAUUUCGUAUUAUUCUUUCUUGUUGUAAUCAUUUUGAAGAAAACACAAGUACCCCUACUAGACAAUCAGAUCAAUUUCAUCUGCCACAGACC